CGAGGAGCGUCAAAACAUUUAAACCAGAGCCGAGAGAGGAGGAGAGGAGAGAGGGAGACAGAGGCGAGGUGAGAGACACAGAGAGAAGGAGAGAUACGUGGAGAACGGCAACGCGUUCAGGAUGAAGACUUAAAUCGCGGUGAUUUUUUUUUUUUAUUUCUGCAAGGACUGCAAGGCUGCAUUUUAAUAAUCCAGCGUCAGCACAGUGUUAGGGGGAAAAAGGGAAAAGUGCGGUCCGACACUGCACUCCUCCUGCGCCCGGCGCGCCUCGGUGUCACCGCGCAGAGAAAUCCUGGAUGAGCGCAAAGUGUCAGCUUCAGCACCUGAGGAGAGGACAGCUCCACUCUGCGUGCUCCUCCGGACCUCCUGUCCCCCCCCCAACAAAAAAAAACUCUGCUGCAGCUUUUUUUUUGUUUUCAUGUCAACACUUCCAGCGUGACACUCUGCUACACAAGUCUGGAAGAAGUCUAAAGAUCCACUGACGGAGAGAUCCGCGACUGACUGGGUGCUCAAUAUGUACCAGGGGCAUUUACAGGGGAAAGACUCUAGGGCUGCAGAUAAGACUGUUGCCAUGGUCCUGAAGGAGAUACCAAGUAAGGCGUCAUCAGAAGGGAAGCCCCUCCUCACAGUGACUACCAAGCUGGUGAGUGAGCAACAAGAGAGCCGCCCGCUUCUUAGCCCUUCCAUCGACGAUUUCCUCUGCGAGACCAAGUGUGAUGGGCUUUCCCGCCCAGUGACUUCCAACACAGCUGUUCUAUCUUCAACACUGGACCUGCUGGAUCUCAGUGAACCUGGCGACAGGAGGAACAGCAAGGACAGGAAGAGUCCCCUGUCAUCCCGGGGCAACGGCCAGAAGAACAACGCUCACAAGAAGAAGACGGAUGAGACGGAGCUGAUCCAGGUGGAAGUUGAACAGACAGGACCGAGCAUGAGAACCCCAGAGAGGGCAUCACUAGACUCAGUUACCAUUGGUUCACCGUUGGAUAAAUGGGAAGAGCUGAACCCCAAUCCUGAAAGGAAUGCCAACAGAAAAUGGAAGUUGGAGAGACGGCGCUCUUCUAAAAAUUCCUCCAAUGAGUUUCUGUGGUCCAUAGACUGUAAAACCCAAUUAGAGCCAUCAAAUAAGAACUCCUUGGAAGCAAAUACCAAAGUCGAGCCAGAGUCCGCCCUAGCAACUCAACUCAACAGGCAGUAUAUUAGUGGAAGACAUGCUCGCCUAAGCAAGGAGCAGCGGUGGGGCAGCGCCCUCCUGUCCAGACAUCAGUCCCUGGAGGAGGAGUUUGAGCGAGCCAAGGCUGCUGUUGAGUCAGAUACCGAGUUCUGGGAUAAGAUGCAAGCAGAGUGGGAAGAGCUUGCUCGGCGGAACUGGCUGACGGAAAAUGAGCAAGCGCAGAUUCCCUCCAGUGUCUCUCCACAUGAGAAGGGUUACUACUUCCACACAGAUAAUCCUUAUAAGGACUUGCCUAACGCAUAUGAAGAGGGACUAAAGAAGUCUCGAGAGGGAGACUUGCCAAACGCUGUGCUUUUGCUGGAAGCAGCUGUCUUGCAGGACCCUCAUGAUUCAGAGGCUUGGCAAGUAUUGGGGACCACCCAGGCUGAAAAUGAGAAUGAGCAGGCUGCGAUUGUCUCCCUCCAGAGGUGUUUGGAGCUCCACCCAAACAACCUCCCAGCCCUCAUGGCUCUGGCAGUGAGCCUGACCAACACUGGUAUGCGCAAUGAUGCCUGCGAAGCCCUGCUCCGCUGGGUGCGACACAAUCCAAAGUACAAGCACCUGCUGAAGGGCAAGACCCACCUGAUGGGAUCCCCAAACUCCCAACGCAGGAUGUCUCAAGCUCCCAACACAGGCAGACACGAAAGCUCCCUUCAACCCGAGGUCAAGGAGCUCUUCCUGGAAGCAGUUCAGCACAACUCUGACAGCAUCGACCCGGAUUUGCAGACGGGCCUCGGGGUGCUUUACAACCUCAGCGGAGAGUUCAACAAAGCUGUGGAGGCCUUCAAUACGGCCCUGUCAGUGCGGCCCGAGGACUACUUGCUGUGGAAUCGCCUGGGGGCCACGCUGGCAAACGGGGAUCGGAGUGAGGAGGCGGUGGAGGCUUAUACACGAGCCCUAGAGCUGCAGCCGGGGUUUAUCAGGUCCCGCUACAACCUCGGCAUCAGCUGUAUUAACCUGGGGGCACACAGGGAGGCAGCCAGUAACUUCCUGACUGCCUUAAGCCUUCAGAGGAAAAGUCGGAGUCGUCAGCAGUCCCACCAGGUGAUGUCUGGAAACAUCUGGGCUGCUCUGAGGAUAGCUUUAUCCAUGAUGGACCAACCUGAACUCUUCCAGGCUGCAAACAUUGGUGAUCUUGAUCUUCUCAUGCGGGCCUUCAACCUAGACAUUUAAGGAAUGGGAGGUAGUGACAAUAGCAUCUCUCUCUCUUCACUUACUCUUCGAUUUCUACCCAACAGCCAAAUCCCCAAAGUGCACACAUCAGAAUGGGUUGGAUCUGAUGUUAGAGACAAUUGUGUGGUUUUUAUGCACGUCAAAAUUAACUACAGUCGUCAAAGUUGUUAUAUUUUUCGCCCAAGUACCUUGGAGCAGUUCAGAGGACAGGUUCUUCCAAGUGCUUGAAGUGACUGCUUUGUGAUGGAUUUGCACUGCAAUUUGUGAUUUCCCUAAAGAGCACAAGGACGGGCAAAGAUUGUACGAGCAAUGCCUUAGAGAACACAUCAAUUAAAAACUGACUCAUCCAGUGGAACAGAGCUAAGCCAGGAGAGAGGCAGACAGACAGUUUGAGAAUCUCACAGAGGAACCCUCACAUGCUGUUUGCAGAGAAAAAAGAUGAGGUCUUGAGGAAAAAAAAAAAAAAACGGUUUCGUUAUCCAAUUGCUUUCAAAGACUCAAGGCUGUCUCACCCUCCUGAAGGAUGGAUUUAGUGAGAAAAUGAUAAAGACUGCACCAUAUGACCUGAAACUCCAAAUUCUGUUCCUGGCUUGUUUUCAUCCUCUUUCAGUGGAGAAUAAUGAUACUGCAUGAAUAAGCAUUUUCAUAAAUGGAUUCUUGUUUAAUAUUUAACAUACUUUUAGAAGUUUUCCCUUUGCACUUCAGACAAACAGAUAACUUCCUCAACCCAAGUGGAAUGUGCAAGCCAGGUUGUAAAGCCUUACUCAAAUGCAUGCGAACAACAUUUAUUUAUACUAUUUGUAUGGCAACACAAAAACACAAAGCCAUUUUCAGUCUGGUUUUAAUUUCUUUAAAUAACUGCCGUAUUCUGAACUUGAAAGCUUUCUGAGCCAUUCAUUUGGUUUUGUUGGGUUUAUUUUUUUAUUUUUUGGUCUUGGCUCCUAGCUUCUCUUUGUUCCCUUUAUUCUGACUGGUUGGAGAAAUUCACACAAAAGCUGGGCAACACUGAUCCUUACAACUUGCAUUAGUGUGGAAACUUUCUCAUAUGAAAAAGUUGUCGCAGGUCUAAAAAUAGCUCUUUCAUCUUUUAGCUCCUGGUACAGCUUUAGUAUCCCUCACAUUUGAUGUACGCAUCACACUCUCCUCUACUUUUCCUCACUGUAUUUAUUUCAAUACAGUAUAAUAACAUUUCAGAUAAAAGAUGUGUGGUUGCAAGCCUAGACCUAGAAGAGCUUGGGGUAUUUCUUAAUGCAGUCAUUUGUAUCUUUGCCGCACCUCCACAGGCAGCGAGGCUCAUACAUUUAAUUAGAUCAGUUUGCCUCAGCCAUCAUGCAUGAUUUAAAUAUUUAUGUAAGCUUGAGCAGAAUGCAGUACAUAUUUGAAAAGCUGUUUGUUUUACCAUCUGCAAACUCCAAUUUACAUCAUAAUAAUACAUUAAGUUAUCUUGCAUCCACAAAACACAUGAUUGUAAGGAGCCAGUCGGUCUAGAAAAUUCACCUCAAAAGCAAAGCUUUUUUCUUAAAACAUGCUUUUUGGCAAAACAGCUUCUCUUGUGUCACUGUUGCAACUUUGAAAGUCACUCUGUGAAGUGAAGACCAUGUUCCUCGCUGUACAACAGAGUAAAUGAUAGAUCAGCUGUACUGUAUAGCUCUGCACCUUGGUGUUUAACAGGCGUGUCUACAGUCUGGGUGUGCUGUAGAAAGUAGGUUUUUAUUCUCAGAUCCUAUGCAAAAGGUCAUGUUUUAUGUUGCCAUUCCCGAAUUGUCAGUUUGUCCCCGUCUGCCUCAGCGGACCAAAAGGAAGUGGUGAUUCUGUGCUUCGAAAGAAUGCUAUCAGGGGAAAGCAGAGACCAGUACCAGAGCCAUUCAUCUUCCAAACUGUACAGCUUUGAUGUCAUGGUGGUCUGUAUAAGAAGAAGUGUUUCGUAAGGAAACCGGGGGGAGAACAAAAACAAGUGUUCUUGUUCAAGAGAAAAACGUGGUCAGUGAUUCUGAAAAAUACAGAUACACAAACACCGUCCACCUAAAGUGUAGCCUUCCUGUUUUAUAACCCUGUGUUGUAGCGAUAUUUCUCUGACCUCAGUUGCAAUCCCUGAAUUCAGUGUCGUACAUCAAGCUUUGCUAUCAGAUACAUGUUUUAUUUCACCGGUCUGCCGCUUAUGUUCUCUUUGAAACUCACCUUAGAUGCCCUUUAAGUAGGAAACUCUCCUUUAUAAGUGCACAACUACAGUAGAAAAAUGUUAUCGGACCAUUUACAUUAUCCACUGGCACUUGUAACACGAGUAUGAUUAUAUUUCAGGCUGAAACAGACGAGUAGCUACAGCAGUCAGAUACUUAAAUUUUUUGGCAGAGAGUCUCUGUGGCCAACCGUGAUGUUUAAUAGAUCAAGGAGGCAGAGGAACCCAGUGAGACACAGCACAUAUGUGCACGUCACUAACAAUCUGCAGUGGAUGGAGGGCUGAUAGUGGACUGCACAAUGGCAAAGGCAAUGAGGCCAAAGCGGAGGUGGAUGCACAAAUGUAUUCACUGAUUUUAUUAUGAUAGAAGAACUGGCAGUGUCGCUUUUUUACUGAAAUAAUAUGGUUGAUGUGCAGUAGUCCAUCAGUGCCACCUUGUUGAAUAUUUAAUUAUCAUUAAAUUAAUUAAUAAAUAAGUUAUUUUUAGCCAUGAUAGCGCCACAGCUUUAUAGAGCUGUCUGUAUAUCUUGGCAACUGUUGGAUGGAUUGCUGUGGAAUUUGUUGCAAACAUUAUUGCCCCCCGCAGGAUGACUUGGAAUAACCUUAAAGUGGCAACAAGCAACUUUUAUUUUUUGUUGAUUCUGGUGGCCUUUGUGGACAAAAGCAGUCUUUCCACCACCUUUUGUUUCAUUGAUUUCGAGGGGAUCUUCUCGCCAUCUCGUAUCUCUUGUUUGUUUAUUUAAGUCUGGCAUCAGUAUUACAUUUAGACUGUUUAAUAACCAGUUUUUACCAUCAUGUCAAAAUCUAAAUUUGUCCAAUUAUUGGGUUCCUAACGUAUGAAUGUAUGCCAUAGCUGUAUUUAGCUUAGUGCUAAUGAGAAAAUGUUAGCAUGCGCUCCCCUUUAACUCAGAUGGUGACAAUGAUAAUCAUUGUAUACCUGCUAAACAUUAGCAUGUUAGCAUUGUCAUUGUGGGCCUCACAGAGCAGUUUGCUUCUAUGUUACAGCUGCACAGCUACAUCUGUUUCAGCCGAGUGUUUUUUGCUGUUGACAUCCACCUCAGUCACUUACGGUGUAUGUGCUAACGCUGCCAGCUAGAGGCGCACUGGGCCAGCGCCGCCCUGUGGGUAUUUCAUUUGUAUCAGAUCAGAGUCUCAGCAUGUCCAAGACAAGCUUCCAUCCUGUUUUCUUUCCAUAAACAAUAAACCCAACCUUUUUGUAAUAGUUCCCUGAGAGACUGUUGAGAGACAUCGCAGUUAUUCUAAAAGGCCAGUAUCCCUCCAUUUUUAAAUAUGAACCGUAUUCUGUCCCUGGUCCUCCCAGCUGUCUUUUGUGUCAACAGUGAACCGUAGAAACUCCAAAACAGGAUGUCUGUUAAAUUGUGAUUUCCAAAUCAAGUCUAGUUUUCUUAAAAAGGUUGUAGGCCUUCGCUUUUUGCAUUUCAAGAUACUGUAGUUGUGUUAAAAAUGAAAACCUAUUUUUUUAAAGAGACCUUAAAUUGCUGGCUUAAAAUCUAAUUGUAUGUGUACAACUGUGCACAUCGUACUGCAGUGCAUUGAGAUAGGAUGCCUGGUGUUUUCUUUUUGUAGAACCUACCUACUACUGUACCUUCUCAGGUGAACUGACCUAGCUUAACGCAUGCUCCUGAGGAACAGAUCGAGGUUGACCGCAUGCUAGAUCCUCUACAUUUAUUUUUUUGAAUGCUAUCUUCAUUUGUAUGCAUGAACUACAUGGAAGUGCUUUCUCUCUCUCCCACCAUCGUAUAAAAAUGAAAUAUAUCAUGACGUUUCCUUGCAAUAUUUCUACAAUGCACUUUUAAAAUCUGUAACCUUGAGAAAAAGUGAUGUAUAUAUUCGGUAUAUAUUCUACACAAGAUGCUUUUUCUUGCAUAGAGGUAGCGAGUGUGCAAAGCUCGAGCAGAGAAAUCAAAUACUUGAGCUUGAAUACUGGCACAUUGAUACAACUAACUAGUUAUAGUUAUAUUCUGUAGAAAUUUUGUAAUUACUUCUACAAAUUAUAAAUGUACUGGUAACACUUUUAAUGACCCCAGCAUAUAAAGCCAUCUACCUGUUGUUAGGGAAAUGCUUUCUUGUGUUGAAACUUGAUCAUGCUUAACAUCAAUUGUUAUGCACACAUCCAUAAAGCCACUGUAAACUAUUAAUAGUUUCCUAAUGUUGUAUAAAGCAUUACAGCUUUGUUAGUUCUGGUUACACAUGUAAACAGAUGUGGAGUUUGAUGUCUUUUAUCAGGUAAAAACAACAUUUAAAUCACUGAUAUGUUCAGUACCAAUUUUACACAGCUUUGCUCAUAACGCUUUACAUAUGGAGAACUAAGGUGUUUCAUUUUUUUAAGUGUUUCCCGGUUGAUUUUUCAAUACUUUCCAACAGUAUAAUAAAUAUUUCUAAUGAUAAAAUCUAUUAAAUUAAUGCAGCCAAGACCCAAAUAAGCAGCAAGACAUCGAUGGAUGGAUAAGCCAAAUAAAGAAUACAUUAAUUUAAAUCACUUAGUCAGUUUUUGUUAAAACUGCCACCUGUUAUCCAUCAUCAGUGAGUUUCCUCGCUGCUGCUGCAGUUAGCAGUAGUGACAGUGUUAGCUACAGGUGUGAUGGUGCUGAAUGAAAGGACUGAACUGCCUCCUGUGGCACAAUCUACUGUCGUAACAAUCCCACUUUCAGUUUGUAGGUGUGUAACGUCACCUGACAACCUGCAAUCUGAUACAAAAACACUUCUAACAGAACUGCCUACAGCAGGCAAGAGACAAUAUUUAAGACUCUUGUAAAGACCUUUUAAGGCCUUUGUCUUUCCUGUGGAAACUCAAUCAAUCAAGAGUUCAAUGCUUUUUUCAAGACCACCAGAUAUCUUGUAUUUAUGUGUUUCAUUUUGAGCACUUUAGUUCUCUGUAUUUAUAAAGCAUUUGUUAUUGUUUUUUGAGUGUGGUAAUAACAACUUAUAGAUGUGUUUAGUCCUCUUGCAUUAAAUCAAGUUCUCACUCUAUUAAGUAUUGAUAAAUUGUUACUACCGGCAUCAUUGGUUGGGGUUCAUAAAGGUUAUCAGUACAUGUUGUGUACAUUUCUUUCUUCACUCCUUUGAUUCAACAUAUGUACAAAGGCAGUUUGUUCUGGUUUAUUUAUUGAUGCAUCAGAUAUGUAUGAAUAAAAUGAUAUUUUGAUGAAUGAACUUAGAAAUUAAUACUUUAUAUACAGUUAUUCAUUUAUUUAAACACCUACCUAUAAUGCAUAUUACUCUCCCUGUAUAAUCACAAGGAAAGCAUUAGCACCUUUGAAACUUACAAUAUGAAAGUAAUCUUUUAAAAUAAACUGUUGUUAUAUA